GAUAAGAUGAAAGUUUUAUUAAAAACACUCCCCAAAAAAUAUGCACUAAGGGUAGAUGAAGUUUUUCUGAGCCUAGAAAAUCAAGACACUCUCAAAAUUUUAUUACCAAAAUUGCUACAAUUGUUGGCACCCACUUAUACUCCUAUCCAAAAAGAGGUUUAA